AUGUCGCUCGGCAUUUUAAGAGCUCCAGUUACCAAUGCCUAUAAAGUAGCAGCACUCAGACCCGCUCUCGGGAUUUAUGCCACUCGCUCUGUGCACACGUCGAAGUCUCCGCAAGCCCCAGAAACUAUACCUACUUCAGUCUCCUCUGCUUCUGAACCGAUCACCACAUUAGCAAUGCAUGGCUCAAAUCAACUCAGCCUUGAGCAACCCCAGGACAAGGCUGAAUACGUCCUGUCAACAUUAGACAAAGUUGUCAAUUGGGCACGCCAGGGUUCGAUAUGGCCCAUGACUUUCGGCCUCGCAUGUUGCGCUGUCGAAAUGAUGCACAUGGCUACUACUCGCUAUGACCAGGAUCGUUUUGGUAUUCUUUUCCGUGCCUCUCCGCGUCAAUCUGACGUUAUGAUUGUCGCUGGUACCCUCACAAACAAAAUGGCUCCUGCUCUCCGUAAAGUCUAUGAUCAAAUGCCUGAGCCAAGAUGGGUUGUGUCCAUGGGAUCUUGCGCAAAUGGCGGUGGCUACUACCACUACUCAUACGCUGUUGUCCGUGGUUGCGAUCGCAUUGUGCCCGUGGAUAUCUACGUCCCUGGGUGCCCACCAACUGCUGAAGCGUUGCUUUAUGGUAUGUUGCAACUUCAGCGCAAAAUGAGAAGAAGCAGGAAGAAUGUGCUUUGGUACCGCAAAUAA